AUGGAAAAGCUAUUGUCCGAAGAGCUUGGUCUUGAAGACGUCGAAAAAUGCGGGAGGAGCGCCUACGAGACCGCCCAGGGAAAGGUUUUUGUCAAAAAAGGAGAUAAUUCGGAUGAGGUUGUUUCUCGGUUGAGAGAAAACAAAAAAGAGGUCCUUCAAGGGUGAAAAGCUGGUGAAAGGAGAGCUCGAAUCGCUUCGAGCCAUCGAUCGAACCGGCGCCAUCGGAUGUCCGAAGCCGUUGGGCCUUGUCAAAAGUGGAAGUUGGUGUUUUGGGAUAGUGAUUACUACAGGGGCUUUUUCUCAGCCGGAUGUGCCCUGGUGACCUCAUACGUCGAUGCCAAGCGGUCGCACACGGCUUCUGCCGAAUUCGGCCGGCAACUUGCCGAGUUGGUUUUGAGAAAAGAAAAAAGAGGAGUGCGGCUUCGACAGUUUGAACGAAGCGUUCUUUUGAACUAAGCAAAAAUCUAUCAUAGGGACUUUUUUUUAUAUCUUCAGUAAAAGUGAAGUUAGUGAUAAUCGAAGUUCCUCUUGUACUACAUGUGAAGGCGUAAAUAAAAACUAUUGGAAAAUCGGAAAAGCUGGAAAAUUGAAAACUUUCCGUCAAAUGUGCGAAUCCUCUAGGAUGAAAGUGUUGAGUAAAAGUAUGGAUAGGAUUGGAUUCUUCAAAAUAACUCGAGACAAGUCCCUGCAAAGUCUCACCGAGUUCUCAACCCAUACUACUUUCAUUGUAGAAAAAUAAGUUCUCCUUCUACAAUCUGGCUCAGAUCCAUGUAGCUCAGAAUGCAUCGCGACAACGCCGACCGUCUGGCCAAAGCCGAGCACGACGCCAAGAUCGUCGGGAAAGGCGAAAACGUCUUGAAUGGAGUGAAAUCUUUCGGAUUCGAGGUUCCGACUUGCUGCGGCCGGAUUCCACAGGACAACGAGUGGACCGACGAUUGGCCGGUCCGUUUUGGAAUGAAUUGAGGCUCUGUAGCAAUCGAUAAAUCAUCAGUUUCGGUUAUAUUCUUAAAUUGAAAUUUCAGACUCCCAAAAAAAUGGUCAAAAUUAGGAAGACAUUUUCUGUUAAAAAAAUGUAUUAAAAUUCUCGUUGUUGUGUUCAAAAGCACAGAAGAUCUUUGUAGCUUAAAAAAACACUAAAAAAUUUUUUUCCGCUUCUGAAAUUGUGUUCAGUUUGUUUAUGUUUUUUGGAUCAAUGUUUUUGAACGACUUUUCCAGACUUUUUUCAUUCGCCAACGUCUGGAUUCGCAAUUAGGUCGGUUGAUGAAGGUAUAAAUAUAGUCAUUGUUUCUAAUUUGAAGAAUUUUUUCAGAAAGGCGAUCGAGAGCUCAACGAGCUGCAUGAUGAGUUGGUGGAGAAGACGGCAAAACUGUUGAAAAGCAGAGAAAAUGUAGAAUUUCUCGAAAGAUAUUCCAAUAAUUCUUUCAUAUAGGUCAAGCCGGCGGUGGUACAUGGCGACCUUUGGAGUGGAAAUUGGGCUCAAACCGAUGCAGGACCAGGUGAUUUCUCACUUUUCUCUUUUCGAGGAGAAAUAACCUCGUGAAAACUUGAAAAGGCUAUUUUUUAUUUGAUUUUCAGUUAUUUACGACCCAUCGUCAAGUUAUUCGGAUCCUGAGUUUGAGCAAGGCAUCAUGAAUAUGUUCGGUAAGUCCGAAAGUCUUCCUUCUGGGAAUAAUUCGAGGUUCCAGGCGGUUUUGGACGUGACUUUUGGACGGGAUACCAAAAAGUGCUUCCAUUCGAUGCGGAUCGCGAUAAAAGAGUUCUUCUUUAUGAACUCUAUCAUAAUCUGAACCAUUGGUUCGUUUUUUUUUCUUUGAGAUUUGGGUAAUCGUUUUUGAGAAAUGAUUAAAUUUGAAACUUUUUAUUUUUUUUUCUUCUCUUUUUAGGAACCACUUCGGCCCCUCCUACCGUUCUUCUUCGAUUGACCUGAUCCACGAGAUUCUCAAAUGUUGA